AUGCACGCAGGACAUCCCAAUGGCUUCUUUCUAUACGAUGACAAUCACCCUGGCCAGUACUUACUCAAGAAGGACGGCAAUGGCUUUUACACCGUGCGGCUCAUUGACAUUGAUACCUUCCAGAAGGGGACUACAGUCCCACUGGCUAGUCCGCGGUAUCCGUACAGUAACGUCAGCUCGCAUUGCCGAUGCUUUUAUUGCCAUGGACGCUCCAAUUGUAUGUUUUUUAAUACAUAUGAGGCCUAUGAGGCGUGUGGGCAAGUUCAUAGCAGAGAAGCGUGGGGAAAUGAGAUGCCGCUUAUGGUGCGUCCUGGGCGUUUGUGUGAUGGCAGCAGUGACAUGUGGUUUGAAGCCCAACUGUUGUUUUUUCUCUUUGAUGGAACCGUGGCGUGGCGAGCGUUGAACCAUGACGAGUUGCUACAUCAGAUUAAUUCUGGACGUGUACCACCCUUGACAAACUCAUUGGGGGCAACGCAGCACAGCGAGGCGAUGCGUCAACUCUUGUCACGUAUGUUUCUCUUGCGUCCGACGGAGACGGCGGUCCUUCUGGAGUUACGAAAACUUUGCAUGGCGGUAGGAGGCUGCAGUCAAUUAGCGGAGUGCCCGGCAACCGUGCCGUUGUCAGCGGGCAGCAGAUACUCCUCGCCGCUGAACCUCCACCUAAGCCGCUAG